AUGGACACAGACACCAGGGCUGCCUGGGCAGAGGAAGGUCCGAGUGAGGACACAGCCACCUGCAAGCCGAAGCGCGGGCCGCGCGCCCAGGGGUCUCCGGGAAGAGCGGUGGAGGGAGGGGAGGGCCCGGAGCCGCCCUUCCCCCGGGCCCGGCGGCGCGGAUCUGAGAAAGCAGAAGCGAGCGGCCCUCUGGGGAGUCCCAUUGGAGCAGGGAUCUGGGAAGAGAAACUUGCGGCCGGGCUCUCUGAAGCGCUCCGGGAGGCCCUGGAUCCGGCAGGGUCUUUAGCCAUCUUCGACAAGGGAAGACAGGCCGUCGGCGCGGACGGGACCGGUGCGCACCCCCGGGAGUCCGCGCCGCAGACCCGGAGCCCGCGCCCUCUCAACCCUCCCGGCCCUCGGCUGGACGCCCCGGUGCUCCCCGCACCGUACCUCCCACGGUCCCGGAUCCCCGAGCGCCACCCUUUCACCCCCUUGCCCCCUCCUCGUACCCGUUGCCAGGUCCCCUGA